ACUUUCUAUUGGACCAAACUCCAGACUCCGGCCCUCGAGUCCUCACGUCUGAGAUCCAGAGGCUGCAGGUCUGAGGCCCAGCCUCCCAGCCCUUUGGAAAGCAGCAGUCAGAGUGUGCCCAAGACCAGGCAGCAGUGUCGCGUUGCGGCCUCAACGACACAGACUCGAGCAUCCGCUCCUGGAGCUGUUUCUGGAGGCCUCAAGCCCCGCCAUGCCCUGGAGAGGCUUCAAAAUUUCUCAACCCGGAGGUCCCGGCAGGGCUGUGCUCCUGGGCCCGGAGGCGCAACUACGCUGAGGGUUUGAUUCGCAGCGUUGGCUGGAAAAGCUUGGGCAGCAAAUGUCAGCAGCCCCUGGGCUCUGGCACCUGAAUGCGAGCAAUCGCGCGGCUGUAGGGCGAUCGUGCUACAGGCCGCUGCCUGGGAGCCGAGCCUGCCCUCGGCUGGGUGGGAGGCGCAAACAAGGCUGGCGGAGCUGAGCCGGGAGAAAUGGUGCCGGCUGGGUCUCAGGCUUCUCGGCCCCCCGGGGCUGGGUGAGGGCCGCGGAAGGGAGGGGCUCGUUCUUCCUCCCCGCGCGCUAGGGCAAGGGUCGGACUGCCCAGCUUCUUCGGGCUGGGGUGGGGAGGAUCGGCCAAGCCUCAGCUCUAAGCGAUUUUUCGUUUCCAAACGCCGCGAUCGCUGAGUCCCUGGUGCGGCCCCCUGGCUCUGCGGCGCCUGCUUGCUGUAGGCAGAAAGCUCCCUCCCUGUUUUCAGACCUUGCUAUUUCAGGAAUUACAGAAAGAGUCCACCAGUGUACUUGCCCUGGGGAAAUCAGGGGUGCAGCCUGACAGAGCCGGGUGCAGCAGGCGCGAGGGGCCCGGAAGCAGACUCGUCUGUCUCCUCCCCCUAGUGUCUCCCCAGCUUUCUUGACCUCAGGGUGAGGGUAGCAGUCAUGUCUGGCUCCCAGAUAUACAGUACUCUGAAAUCAUGUUUCCUGGGAGUGAAGGCCCCAAGCCUACAGCAGCGGCGCUGUGUCCAAAAUGGUCUGGUACUUGCUUCGCAGAUAUCGGCUUCUCCAGAGGAGAAAGUCACUUGGCCUCGGAGCUUAUUCUUGUUUUAUGGAUCGAGCCUCUGAUUUCUCCCAGUAACUUCUUAGUAAUGGGUCAUGUUUGUGUGGGAGGGGUGUGUGUGGGGGGAAGAGGUGGGAAUGUGUGUGCUCCAUAUAAACUAGAUAGUUUGGUAAAGCACAAAUGUAAUUAGGUAUUGUCAGGUGUACUUGUUGAAACACCAUUUUUAUGGAUAACAAUGAGAUUUCUGGAUCCCCAAAAUAGAUCUGUCAAGGGAUACUAUUUCCAAUCCUUGUCGUUUAAUUAUAAAACAAAACCUGGACUUUGUUGUGAAGAGGUCUGUUGGACAUCUAGUCCAACUAGAUAACACGUUAGACUACUUUGAUGUUCUAAGUUGAAUCUAUAUGCAUUUUCUUUUUCUUUUCUUUCUUUUUUUUUUUUUUGGUACCAGGGAUAGAACUCAGGAUCUUGCGCUUUUGAGGCAGGCACCAGAACCACUGAGCUGAAUCCCUGGCCCUACAUGCAUUUUCAUUAAACAGCACUUGUUUGUAUUGCUAUUGCUGGUCAUUUCCCCACUGAACUGUUUCCUCAAGGUAGGGAUAGUUUUUAUUCAUCUCUAAUUUUCCUAAGCCAAAUACUUUCUGAGAAUAUUAAGUAUUCAACAUGCAAAUAUUAAUGAAAUCACUCCCAGUUCCUGGGGGCUCUAAACAUUCUACCACAAGCAAAGGAAAAGGAAUGGAGGAACACGGAGGCAGGCUUCAAAGACCAGAUAAAUGUGAAGGACAAGGUGGUCCAGGCUGACAGACAUUUAUCAGACAGUAAGAGUGCUCAGAAGCAAUUUCCUAAUCAAGUCUCCUCAGUGAUAGGCUUACCUGUGGGCAGGAGGUAAAAAUGACCUAUAGUUUCAGUGAUUUUUAUUUACUUAUUUACUUCUGAGAUGCAGAGAUCCAGCCCAGGGGCUCAUGCAUAUACAUACUCUACCACUGAGCUGCAUACACAGACCUCACAUCCAACCACCCACCCCCACACUGCCCUGGCAAUUCUUUCAAACUACUGGGGUUUGUCUCUCUUUGGAUACGUUCCUCUCUAACCCUCCUUGCUUUUUCCUUCUUUCUAUAGAGUAGGUGUAAUAUAAGCCAUUACACUUGAAAUUAAAAAAUAGCUUUGUUGCAGGGCUUGGUGGCGCAAGCCUGUACUCCUGGUAGUCUGGAGGCUGAGGAAGGAGGAUUGCUCUGAGUUCCAGGCCAGCCAGGGCUACAUAGUGGGAUCCUGUCUCAAAUAACCAAAACAAACAAACAAAUAAACAAAACCAGCUUUGAUAACCUUCAACACCUUAUAUGUCCUUGGAAUUACUGUCCUUGGAAUUAUUUAGCUAAUCUCUAUUUCUCUUUUUAUAUUUUUCACUGUAAUUGUGUGUGUGUUGUUUUUUUCUUGGUACAGGGGCUCGAACUCGGGACCUUGCGCUUGCAAGGCAGGUGCCAGAACUACUGAGCUAAAUCCCGGCCCUUUCACUGUAAUUGUAAGAUAACAUAAAUUGCAAUUGCAAUUUUUUUUCUUUUCCGGAUAUCUAAACUACUUGGGAAGGUGAGCAGCAAAUAUUUAAAAAGCACGCAGCUAAGAGGCAGUGCCCCAGAGCAAGACUUUGGAGGCCUGGGGGGCCGGGGGCAUCUGGUUUCUUUGUUACUUUUCCAGCUCUUUGUGAAACUAUUGCAUCCUUUCUUUUUAGCCUUUGAAUGUACUCUCUAGUCUCUUCUGUAAGUAAACAUUUGAAUAUUCUACCUUGUUAAUAUGUAAAACUGAUACUAUUUUUCAUUAGGGGUUAAUCACAGAGGCUCACCUUGCAUAAGGCUACAUUUAAAAGCUGACCACCACUGAUACAUUACAAAACAUUGAAGAUGACAUAGAACAUUUUCCAUUAAUAGCAGAAUGUCUUGAAGAGUAUACUGCACCUACAGGAAUUAUUUUUUAGAUAGUAGUGCUAGAAAAAUAUACCUCAAUCAGAACACAAUAGUGAAGUCUACAUACUUCAUCUAUAUUAUUGAUUCUGAAUUUCUGUAGACAUAUUUUAAGCAAAACAGGCCUCUCGUCUGCAGUACCUUAAUAUUAACAAAAUUAGUUUUUUAUGAAUUCUAGGAUUAAGCACUUAGAUUUCUGUACUACCUCAUCUACUCUUUUAAUGUCAAGUAUUCAUUCAUCCCAGUUGAUAAGUAAAUAUGAUUCAGAAUGUCAUCUCCAUUUAUAGCACGCGGCAGGAAAAUGUUGCUGAUGUUUAUGAUUCUUGACAACCUUCUUUUAUUUUAGCAUCAAUUUCCUCUCCUCCAUUACGAUUUUUAAUGGAGCCCUUAUUGCUGUUUUUUUCCUUGACCUACUUUCUUUUGAAGCGCUUUUAUAUACAGUAUAGGCUGCUUUGGGUGAAACAGAUUAGUUGGUUAUCACUCUAGACGUUUUUGUGGUUUAAAAAUCAUCUGGCACAACGUUCAUUAUAUCAUAGCCUGUUUGAAUUCUUUUUAAAAUUACGCUUUUCAUGAGUUUGUUCCGUUCUUCAGACUAAAGAUUAAACCUCAUCUGCUCUGACCCAAUUGCUAUUUUUCUUUGUUGCCUCCACCCCCCCUACAGAAUGUGUUUCCAGGGGAGAGGCGUACUUGGAGCUGAAGAGGAGAGUCAAGUGGGACGUGAUUUGGUGCCUCAUUUACUGGAUUCCUCCUCUCCAGCCGGGUGAGAGAAGUCAAGAGACAAUUUUGACAGAUCAGACGAGGCCUCAGCUCUCACGCUUGUGGUCCAUGGGUGCGUACGCGACGGAGCGGGGUGUGAAGAUGGCGGACGAGGAGGCCGAGCAGGAGAGGUUGAGUCGCGGCGGAGGCGGUUGCGUCGCGGAGCUGCAGCGCCUGGGCGAGCGGCUCCAGGAGCUGGAGCGACAGCUGCGCGAGAGCCAGGUGCCAGCCGUGGAAGCGGCCACCGAGUACUGUCAGCAGCUGUGCCAGACACUCCUUGAAUAUGCAGAGAAAUGGAAAACUUCAGAAGAUCCCUUACCUUUAUUGGAGGUAUACACAGUGGCUAUCCAAAGUUAUGUUAAAGCCCGACCUUAUCUUACCACUGAAUGUGAAAAUGUAGCAUUGGUUCUGGAACGCUUGGCAUUAAGUUGUGUUGAACUUUUAUUGUGUCUGCCUGUUGAGUUAUCAGAUAAACAGUGGGAGCAAUUUCAGACACUGGUACAGGUAGCUCAUGAAAAGCUGAUGGAGAAUGGCAGCUGUGAAUUGCAAUUUUUAGCUACUCUAGCUCAAGAGGCUGGGGUGUGGAAAAACCCGGUACUGUGCACUAUUCUUUCCCAGGAACCAUUGGAUCAAGAUAAAGUGAAUGAAUUUUUAGCUUUUGAGGGUCCCAUCUUGUUGGAUAUGAGAAUUAAACAUCUAAUCAAAACAAAUCAGUUAAGUCAAGCAACUGCUCUAGCAAAGCUGUGUUCUGAUCAUCCAGAGAUUGGUACAAAAGGUAGUCUUAAGCAAACUUACCUUGUCUGUCUUUGCACAUCAUCACCAAAUGAGAAGUUAAUCGAAGAGAUUUCGGAAGUUGAUUGCAAAGAUGCUCUAGAAAUGAUCUGUAACUUAGAAUCUGAAGGUGAUGAAAAAAAUGCUCUUGUUUUAUGUACUGCAUUUUUAUCACGUCAGCUCCAACAAGGAGAUAUGUACUGUGCUUGGGAACUUACUCUCUUUUGGAGUAAAUUACAGCAAAGGGUAGAACCAUCUGUGCAAGUGUACCUAGAGAGGUGCCGGCAACUUUCUUUGUUAACGAAGACUGUAUAUCAUAUUUUCUUCCUGAUUAAAGUUAUUAAUUCAGAGACUGAAGGGGCUGGACUUGCUACCUGUAUAGAACUGUGUGUAAAAGCUCUUCGCUUGGAUGCUACAGAAAAUACUGAAGUGAAAAGAUCUAUUUGCAAGACCAUUUCAUGUUUGUUGCCUGAUGAUCUGGAAGUUAAACGAGCUUGUCAACUGAGUGAAUUUCUUAUUGAGCCUACAGUAGAUGCGUAUUAUGCUGUGGAAAUGUUGUAUAACCAGCCAGACCAGAAAUAUGAUGAAGAGAAUCUUCCAAUACCAAAUUCUCUGCACUGUGAGCUCCUACUUGUUCUGAAAACUCAGUGGCCCUUUGAUCCAGAAUUCUGGGAUUGGAAAACCUUAAAACGACAAUGUCUUGCACUAAUGGGAGAAGAAGCAUCCAUUGUGUCUGCAAUUGAUGAACUAAAUGACAGUGAAGUAUAUGAAAAAGUAGUAGACUACCAGGAAGAGAAUAAAGAACCUUCUGUGAAUGGACUUUCUGGUGGAGUUGGUGCUAAUUCUGGCCAUCUUAAAGAUAUUGGUGAUGAAAAGCAAAAGAAGAAGGAGAUAAAACAGUUAAGAGAGAGAGGAUUUAUAUCUGCUAGGUUUAGGAAUUGGCAAGCCUACAUGCAGUAUUGUGUGCUAUGUGACAAAGAAUUCCUUGGCCACCGAAUGGUACGACAUGCCCAGAAACAUUAUAAAGAUGGGGUUUACAGUUGCCCCAUAUGUGCAAAAAACUUUAAUUCUAAAGAAACGUUUGUCCCUCAUGUUACAUUACAUGUUAAACAAUCUAGUAAAGAGAGACUGGCAGCUAUGAAACCAUUAAGAAGAUUGGGAAGGCCUCCUAAGAUCACAACCACCCAUGAGAAUCAGAAGACUAAUACGGUGACUAAGCAGGAACAGCGGCCUAUAAAAAAGAAUAGUCUCUAUUCAACAGAUUUCAAAGUGUUUAAUGAAAAUGAUGGUCCAGAUGAUGAGAAUGAUGACAAAGAUAAAUCUUAUGAGCCCGAAGGGAUCCUAGUCCAGAAACGAGUACCUGUGAAUGAAUUUAAUUGCCCUGUAACUUUUUGUAAAAAGGGCUUUAAGUACUUAAAAAAUUUAGUUGCUCACGUAAAGGGGCAUAAGGAUAAUGAAGAUGCCAAGCGCUUUCUUGAAAUGCAAAGCAAAAAAGUUAUUUGCCAGUACUGUAGACGGCAUUUUGUAAGUGUCACUCAUCUCAAUGAUCACUUACAAAUGCACAGUGGCAGUAAACCAUAUAUCUGUAUACAGAUGAAAUGUAAAGCCGGUUUUAAUAGUUAUGCAGAGCUUUUAACCCACCGAAAGGAGCAUCAAGUUUUCAGAGCAAGGUGCAUGUUUCCCAAAUGUGGCAGAAUUUUUUCAGAAGCUUAUUUACUGUAUGAUCAUGAAGCACAACAUUAUAAUACCUACACUUGUAAGUUCAUAGGUUGUGGUAAAGUUUAUCGUUCUCAGAGUGAGCUGGAAGAGCAUCUUGAUGAUCACAAUACUCCUGAAAAAGUGGUGCCUCCUGAAGACCAUCUUAAUUCAUCUGGAGAUUCUGUUCAGUCUUCCAUAGUGAAUCAGAACACAGGAGAGAAAACUGAGAAAGAAAAAUCUAUGCUUCCCUCAGAAAAUAACAUUGAAAAUGGAAUACCAGCAGACAGAAGUGAUGCUUGGGAUAAAAGCAAAUCAGAGUCAGCUGUGACCAAACAAGACCAGGUUUCUGCUUCCGAGCUCAGGCAAGCAAAUGGAUCAUUGUCGAAUGGUUUGGAAAACCCUGCUACUACCACUCCUCUUCUUCAGGCCAGUGAAGUAGCUGUGUCUAUCAAAGUGUCUCUCAAUCAAGGGAUUGAGGAUAACUUUGGAAAGCAAGAAAAUUCAACUGUGGAAGGUGCUGGUCAGCCACUGAUUACAAACUUAAACACACCUGUUGAAGAUACUUGUAAUAAUGUGUGUCAUCCAAGUUUCCAUGAGAAAAAAGAACAGGAUUGCUUUAAUGAAGCCCAGAUUUCUCAGAAUUCUUUAGUAAAUUCAGAAACUCUCAAAAUAGGUGAGCUUAACCCACAAAACUUAGGACACGUGAACAGUCUGAUGACCUUUUCUGUGCAAAGUGAUGCAGAAUUUCAAAACAGUUUACCAGCUUCCAAGUAUGAAUGUGGAAAUAAUGUUAAAGUAUCAUCCAGUCUUUAUAAUUUACCUCUAAAGACAUUAGAAAGUAUCACAUUUGUUCCUUCACAGCCUAACCUAAGUAGUUCAUUAGGAACUCCAUCAGUGCCUCCAAAAGCUCCAGCUCAGAAAUUCAGCUGCCAAGUUGAAGGAUGUACUCGAACCUAUAAUUCUUCUCAAAGUAUUGGGAAACACAUGAAGACAGCACACCCUGAUCAAUAUGCUGCAUUUAAGGUGCAGCGCAAAAGUAAAAAAGGUCAGAAAUCUAACAACUUAAAUACACCAAAUAAUGCAAAAUUGGUUUAUUUUUUGCCAUCACAGGUGAGCAGCUCUAAUAAUGCAUUUUUUACACCACAGACCAAAGCCAGUGGGAAUCUUGCUUGUUCAACCCAGUUGCAGCAUGUCUCACCUUCCAUUUUUCCAGCUCAUUUAGCAAGUGUGUCAACUCCACUAUUGCCCUCAAUGGAUACUGUCAUAAAUCCAAAUAUACCUUCUCAGGAUAAAAAUGAACAAGGUGGUAUGUUAUGUUCUCAAAUAGAAAAUUUACCUAAUACUACCUUGCCAGCACAAAUGGAAGAUAUAACCAAAACGGUUUUGCCUUUGAAUAUUGACAGUGGCUCAGAUCCUUUCCUUCCUUUACCUGCAGAAAGUAAUUCAAUGUCUCUCUUCCCUUCACCAGCAGACAGUGGGACUAAUUCUGUUUUUUCUCAACUGGAAAAUAGUACAAAUCAUUAUUCCUCACAGGUUGAAGGAAACACUAAUUCUCCCUUUCUAAAGGGGAGUAAUGGUGAAAACGCAGUUUUUCCUUCACAAGUGAAUGUUGCAAAUGACUUCAGUAGCACCAGUGCCCAAGAGUCUGCCCCGGAAAAAGUAAAAAAAGACCGUGGGCGAGGCCCAAAUGGGAAAGAAAGAAAACCCAAGCACAACAAAAGGGCUAAAUGGCCUGCAAUUAUCAGAGAUGGGAAAUUUAUCUGUAGCAGAUGUUACAGGGCUUUUACUAAUCCCAGGUCACUGGGUGGACACUUAUCUAAGCGAUCUUACUGUAAACCACUGGAUGGAGCAGAAAUUGCUCAAGAACUUUUGCAAAAUAAUGGACAGCCUUCUCUUCUUGCCAGUAUGAUUCUCUCCACAAACGCAGUAAAUUUGCAGCAACCACAGCAAUCUACCUUCAACCCAGAAGCAUGCUUUAAAGAUCCAUCAUUCUUACAGCUUCUCGCUGCUGAAAAUCGCCCAUCAACAUUUUUACCAAAUACAUUUUCUCGGUCUGGUAUGAAUAACUUUAAUACCAGCAUUAGUCAAGAAGGAAGUGAAAUUAUUAAGCAGGCUUUGGAAACUGCUGGCAUUCCUAGUACUUUUGAGGGUGCUGAAAUGCUUUCUCAGGUUGUUCCCACAGGUUGUGUCUCAGAUUCAGCACAAGUAAAUGCAACAGUGAUGACAAAUCCAACUGUUUCGCCCUUACUGCAGACUGUAUGCCACCCAGACACCCUGCUGACAAACCAGAACAGGACACCAAAUUCCAAAACUUCCAUCAUUGAGAAAUGUAGCAGUUUGCCUGUUUUUCCAGCAAAUGACUUACUACUGAAAACUGUUGAAAAUGGUUUGUGUGCUACUUCAUUCACUAAUUCUACUGGGCUAUCACAGAAUUUUACCAGUAACAGUCCACGUGUUUCUGUUAUAAGUGGUCCUCAGAACACAAGAUCUAAUCAUUUAAAUAAAAAGGGAAACAGUGUUUCUAAGAAAAGAAAGAAAGUUACUCCUCCACUAAUUGCACCUAAUGCAUCCCAAAACUUGGUACCAAGUGAUGUAACAACAAUGGGACUUGUAACAAAGAAUAUUGAGAUUCCUACUACUAACCUCCAUUCAAAUGUAAUUCCAAAUUGUGAACCUCAGGGUUUGGUGGAGAAUAUAACACAGAAAUUAAAUAAUGUUGACAAUCAGUUGUUUAUGACUGAUGCAAAAGAGAACUUCAAAAGCAAUCUCGAUUCCCAUACAGUGUUACCCUCUUUAACAUUAAAAACUGAAAAUGGUGAUUCCCAGAUGAUGGCUUUGAAUUCAUGUACAACUUCAGUGAAUUCUGAUUUGCAGAUUUCUGAAGAUAAUGUUAUACAUAACAUUGAAAAGACUCUUGAAAUUAUUAAAACUGCUAUGAAUUCUCAGAUACUUGAGGUAAAAAGUGGCUCUGAGGGUGCUGGUGAAACAUCACAGAAUACUCAGAUAAAUUAUAAUGUUCAGCUUCCUUCAGUAAACUCUGUUCAAAAUAACAAAUUACCUGAUUCAUCUCAGUUUUCCUCUUUAAGUGUCAUGCCAACAAAAAGUAACAUUCCUCAGUCUGAAGUAUUACAUGAGGAAGAUCAAAUACAAGAAAUUUUAGAAGGUUUACAAAAAUUAAAAUUAGAAAACGACCUAUCCACUCCAGUGUCCCAGUGUAUACUAAUAAAUACAUCAGUGACACUGAGUCCUCCUGUUAAACCAAUUCCAAAUAUCACAGUUGUUCAGCCAGUUUCUGAAAUGGUACAUGUUCCAUUUAGUGACAAAGUUAAUAAACCGUUUGUGUGUCAAAACCAAGGCUGUAACUACAGUGCUAUGACAAAGGACGCUCUCUUUAAGCACUAUGGUAAAAUCCACCAAUACACUCCAGAAAUGAUUCUUGAAAUUAAGAAGAAGCAGUUGAAAUUUGCUCCAUUUAAAUGUGUAGUUCCUACAUGUACAAAAGCAUUUACAAGAAAUUCUAACCUCCGGGCACACUGUCAGUUGGUACAUCAUUUUACAACAGAAGAAAUGGUAAAGUUAAAAAUAAAAAGGCCUUAUGGAAGAAAGUCUCAGAAUGAAAAUUUGUCAACCUCACGAAUUAUGCAAGUGAAAAAACAGCCAGCUGUGACAGAGGAAACUAAAAGGGAAUUACAACCUACUUUACUUUUGGGAGGAGAGACAGAAAAUGCCCUCAGUAAUGUAGCAGUGGUCCCAGAAAAACAACUUUUGGAAAAAGAAAGUCCUGAAAAAACAGAAAGUUCUUCACAACUAAUUGUAGUUACUUCUGAGCAGUGUAAUACAGAUUCUCCCACAGACAUCCAAAGCAAAGGACGAAAAAUUAGGAAGCAUAAAAAAGAAAAGGAGGAGAAAAAACGAAAGAAGCCAGUUUCCCAAUCCCUUGAAUUUCCAACAAGAUAUAGUCCCUAUAGACCUUACCGUUGUGUUUACCAAGGGUGUUUUGCUGCCUUUACAGUACAGCAAAACUUAAUUCUUCAUUACCAGGCUGUACACAAAUCAGAUCUUCAUGCAUUUUCCGCAGAGGUUGAAGAGGAGAGUGAAGUUGGGAAAGAAAGUAAAGAAACUGAAACUAAACAAACAAUGAAAGAAUUUCGGUGUCAGGUGAGUGACUGUUCUCGAAUUUUCCAAGCAAUUACUGGACUAAUACAACACUACAUGAAACUUCAUGAAAUGACUCCUGAGGAAAUUGAAAGUAUGACUGCUUCUGUUGAUGUUGGCAAAUUUCCAUGUGACCAAUUGGAGUGUAAGUCUUCAUUUACAACAUAUUUGAACUAUAUCGUUCAUCUUGAGGCAGACCGUGGAAUUGGAGCAAGAGCAAGUAAAACAGAAGAAGAUGGCAUAUACAAAUGUGAUUGUGAAGGUUGUGAUCGGAUAUAUGCAACUCGAUCUAACCUCCUCCGACACAUUUUCAAUAAACAUAAUGACAAACAUAAAGCUCAUUUGAUUCGGCCAAGAAAAUUAACACCUGGUCAGAAAAAUAUAUCAAGCAAAGCAAACCAAGAAAAGUCAAAAUCUAAGCAACGGGGAACAAAACACAGUAGAACUGGAAAGGAAGGAAUCAAAAUGCCUGCAACCAAACGAAAGAAAAAAACUUUAGAAAACAAGAAUGCAAAGAUUGUACAGAUUGAAGAAAACAAACCUUAUUCUCUGAAACGAGGAAAGCAUGUAUAUUCUAUAAAGGCAAGAAAUGAUGCCUUGUCUGAAUGUACAAGCAGAUUUGUAACCCACUAUCCAUGUAAGAUAAAGGGAUGUACUUCAGUUGUUACAAGUGAAAGCAAUAUAAUUAGACAUUAUAAAUGCCAUAAAUUAUCUAAGGCAUUUACAUCACAACACCGCAAUCUUCUUAUUGUCUUCAAACGGUGUGACAACUUGGAAGUAAAAGAAACUUCUGAGCAAGGAGGUGACAAGAAGGACGUGAAAGCUUCUGACACAUGUAUAUCAGAGAACAAUGAUAACUCCAGAACAACUACUGUUCCACAGAAGGAAGUUGAAAAAAAUGAAAAAGAUGAAAUGGAUGAACUAACAGAAUUAUUUAUUACAAAACUAAUAAAUGAAGAUAGCACAAGUAUGGAAACCCAAGGUAAUACCGCCUCAAACAUAAAUAAUGAUUUUCAGGAAAGUAAUCCCUGCCAGUCAGAAAGACAAAAAGCAAUUAAUUUGAAGAGAGUUAAUAAAGAAAAAAACCUCUCACAAUGUAAAAAAAGGAAAGUUGAAAAGGUUGAACCAGAAUUAACAGUUGAGAUAAAUAGCUUGCGUAAAGAGGAAGAAACUGCUGUUGCAAUUCAAACCACUGAGGAGCAUCCUGCAUCUUUUGACUGGAGCUCUUUUAAACCAACGGGAUUUGAAGCAUCCUUUCUGAAGUGUCUUGAAGAGCCUGCAGUGCAACAGAAGAAGAAUACUGACAAAGACCACACAAAUAGUGGAACUAAAAGAGGAUCCCAUUCAAAUUCAAGAAAAAAUACUGAUAAGACUGCUGUGACUAUUGCAAAUCAUAUUUGUUCCUGGAAAGAAAGUGAAAUUUUUGUACAGUUUGCCAAUCCAUCACAGCUUCAGUGCAGUGAUAAUGUAAAAAUUGUUUUAGACAAGACUCUUAAAGAUUGCACUGAGCUUGUCCUAAAACAGCUUCAGGAAAUGAAACCUACCGUCAGUCUGCAAAAACUUGAAGUACGUUAAAAUGAUCCAGGUACGUCAGUUAUGAAAGAAAUGAGUGUAGGUAAAGCCACAGGCAGAGGGCAGUACUGAUAAUGUACUAUAAUUACAUCAUUUAUAGUUUUAAGUAGGAACCCACCAAGCAUGCUGUAAUGGUGAAUCUUUUAUUUUUUGUUGACAUGAAUUAGCCUGGCCAAAAAAAAAAGCGUGGCAUAUGUCAUGUAGGUCUCUUUAUCCCUAUGGGACUUGAGGAACAGAAUUAGUACUUCAUUUAUUGUAAAUAUUUGAGUUAAUCCUCAAAUUUUUAUCACCAAAUUUCCCUUUUCACGAAUUAGACUGAUUUAUCUGUAUGAUUGGUAUGUUUCACCAGGUCACUGCUCAUGUAUAACAGUACUCUCAUUUGUAGAUACUUUUUGUAUAUAUUUAUUAUUGUAAAUCAUUUGCUGCCACCAGCAGUCUAUAAGUCUAAACUAUUAAAUGAUACAUUUAUAUUUGGAAUUUUAA